AUGACAGUCACAGCAAGAAAGCCCUGGGGCUGGUUUGUGGGGUACCUCACCCUUGGGGUCACAGGAUCACUGGCCUCGGGUAGCGCCAGUCAGAUCAUAAACGGCGAGGACUGCAGCCCGAACUCACAGCCCUGGCAGGCGGCACUGUUCUCGGAAAAUGAAUUUUUCUGCUCCGGCGUCCUGGUGCAUCAGCAGUGGGUGCUGUCAGCAGCACACUGUUUACAGAACUCCUACACUGUGGGGCUGGGCCUACACAGUCUGGAGGCCAAAGAAGAACCAGGCAGCAGGAUGAUCGAGGCCUCCCUCUCCAUCCAGCAUCCCGACUACAACAACCCAAUUUUGGCCAACGACCUUAUGCUUAUCAAGCUGAAUGAAUCAGUGCCCGAGUCUAACACCAUCAGAAGCAUUGGCAUCGCCUCCCAGUGCCCCACCACAGGGGAUACAUGUCUCGUCUCUGGCUGGGGUCUGAUGGGGAAUGGCCAGCUACCCAACCUGCUCCAGUGUGUGAACAUCUCUGUGUCGCCUGAGACCGUCUGCAGGAUGCUCUAUGCUCCCAUAUACCAUGACAGCAUGUUCUGUGCAGGAGGAGGACCAGACGGGAAGGAUUCCUGCAAUGGUGAUUCUGGAGGGCCCAUAGUCUGCAACAGGUCCCUGCAGGGCCUUGUGUCUUUGGGACUGAACCAGUGUGGUCAGCCCAGCAUACCCAGUGUCUACACCAACCUCUGCAAAUUCACUGACUGGAUAAGUAGAACCAUUCGGACCAGUUAG